AUGUUGAUUAGGUGCGGAGCAAUCACUCGGGUCAGAGCGUCGCAAUCUGUUCAUAACAGUGUAGGUUGUUUGGGCUCGGUCGUCGCGCCCGUGCCGCUGAAGGUCAAGUGGAUAAAACUGUCGCCGCGGCCGACUCAGGUUGAUGCACCGCGUCAGAAACGUGCUCAUAGUGUUUCGCAGUCCAGUUCUACCGUGACCGCGACAACAGAGAAUGGCGACUUAGAUUAUCGACCUCAUCGCAGCGUCUACGGCAGGAGAGGGAACCGCAACGCAUCGGCUAUGUUACUAACUAAGUCCUCGCGGUCACCGUCGCGGGGUCUCUCUAAGCAGCCCGCAAGGGCUCGGAUCGCGGCGCGGGCAUAUAAGUCGUGUCGUCGCGGUAACUAUCGAGAGCGAACGGCCUAUUACGACUAUCGCUUACCGAUAGGCGAAUAUAUCCUCCUCUAG